AUGAAGCCUCAAGCUCUUUUGGCGUGCGGGACUGUGGCUCUUGCCCAGCAAGUCUACAUCCCAGCUGAAGGACCAGCCUCGCGACCGCAAUGCUCCGCAAAUCAAACAUACGCGACGGCACUGCCUUCAUACAGCUUCCGAGAGUUCAGCUUCACGCAGACUGAGACAGUUCGUACAGCAACAUCUGCCCCCGCUCCCACUACUACGACUACCUACGCCCCCCCAUAUGCGUCACUCAGCAGCUUCGUGCCAAAUCUGACGACAACACAAUGGGGUAAUUGGGAUGCAAAGUCCAACGCAACAGCGACCGACACAGCAAAUCCGUAUGGUAAUGCAUCGUGGACAGCUCUUUGGACCACCGUGCCUUGGCCAUCCAACUUCACUAGCUAUACCGACAACGCCAUCUACUCCUCGACAGUCGAGCCAACUCCAAUACCGUCUAGCGAGCUCACCCUGCCACCACCCGAGCCAUUGGUACCUCAGCAAUGCUAUACUUUCCCUGAAGACUUCAUGCUUGGUGUGGCGGCAUCAGCAGUCCAAAUUGAGGGAGCUAUCGCCGAGGAGGGACGAACACCCGUCCACAACGAUGUUGCAAGCUUGAGCACUCCAGGCCGUUCACCAAACUGGAUUGCCAAUGAACACUAUUACUUGUAUAAGCAAGACAUUGAAAGGAUCGCUGCCAUGGGAGUAAAGUACUACAGAUUCUCUAUUCCCUGGACGCGUAUCCUCCCUUUCGUUUUACCAGGCACGCCGGUCAACGAGCAAGGUCUAUCGCACUACGAUGAUCUCAUCGACUUUGUUUUGGAAAAGGGAAUGCUUCCGGCUAUCGUCCUCUACCACAACGAUUCGCCCCUCCAAUUCUAUUCCAACAUCAGCAAUAUCUUUAUCACGCCCGGAACUGGAGGUAUCGGCUACUUGGACUCUUGCUUCCAAUGUAGCUACAAGAACGUUUCGUUUGAGGAUGCUUUCGUCAACUACGGAAAGAUUGUCAUGACGCACUUUGCUGACCGCGUGCCGAUUUGGUGGUCGUUCAAUGAGCCGCUUCUAGGGGCGCGGAACGGAAAAUCAAUCGAUGCUGUUAUCAAAUCACAUGCCAGACUUUAUCACUUUUACCACGAUGAUAUUGGUGCCACAGGCAAGAUGUCGCUCACAUUCAACGACAACUUUGGCGUCCCGCGUAACCCGGAUGACCCCGCCGAUGUCGACGCGGCCAACCACUUCAACUCCUUCCAACUGGCGACCUUUGCGAACCCCAUAUUCCUCGGAACAGACUACCCAGAGUCAUUCACAAGCAGCGUCGCCGACUAUGUGCCUCUGAGCGAAGAGGACCUUCAAUACAUCAACGGAACAGCAGACUUCUUCUCCAUCCAACCCUACACUGCGACCGUAGUGAGCCCACCACCCAACGACACUAUCGCAGACUGCGCUGCAAACAUCACUCACCCCCUUAGACCUUACUGCGUGACCCAAAGCACCCUCACAACCACUGGCUGGAACAUCGGCUACCGCAGUCAAUCCUACGUCUACCUCACCCCCAGCUACUUCCGCACCUACCUAAACUACCUCUGGAACACAUGGCGUUCCCCCGUCGCCGUCACCGAAUUUGGCUUCCCCGUCUUCGCUGAGGCACAGAAAGACCAGGUGGACCAGGAAUUCGAUAGCCCGCGAAGCUGGUAUUACCAGACCUAUCUGAAUGAAGGUCUGAAAGCGAUCUGGGAAGACGGCGUCAACUUCAUUGGCGCGUUUGCGUGGAGUUGGGCAGAUAACUGGGAGUUUGGUGAUUACGAUCAGCAAUUUGGUAUCCAGACUGUGAAUCGCACGACGCAGGUGCGGAGGUAUAAGAAGAGUUUCUUCGACUUUGUGGAUUUCAUCCAGAGUAGGAGGCAAGCAGAGUAA